AUGGCGACCUCGCGAGCAGCCUACGCGGCGGAGCAGGCCAUUGGUCACGAGAAGGAGAAUUUAAAGCAGGAUGUCAGCAAUUACCAGCAAGUGGGCGAUCAGCAUGAAACCAUGAAGGCUCUGAUUUGGCAGGGAAAACAGAAGGUGGAAGUCGUUGACGUCGCAAAACCACGGAUCCUGGAAGACGGCGAUGUAAUCCUGAAAGUCACUGGAACAACUGUCUGUGGAAGCGAUCUGCACUUGUUGCACGGGACUAUCAUCCAGCUGAACAAGGGCGAUAUCCUAGGCCACGAAUUCUGUGGUGUUGUUGACCAAGUAGGUCCGGCGGUGAAGAACAUCCAGGUUGGGAAACGAUAUGUUGCCGCGUUCCAGAUUACAUGUGGAGAGUGCUUCUUCUGCAAGCAGAAGCUUUCGUCGCAAUGUGAGAAAACAAAUUCCAAUCGGACCGCCAAGGCCAUGUACGGUUCCCAGACAGCUGGCUUUUACGGGUACUCGCAUUUCACUGGCGGCUUCGCCGGUGGCCAGGCCGAAUAUGUUCGAGUUCCCUUGGGAGAUGUCAACCUGCUUGAGAUCCCAGAUGAUGUCCCGGACGAAAAAGCCCUCUAUCUCUCCGAUGUCCUCCCAACAGCCUACAAUGCUGUCAAGGACACAGCCGUCUACCCGAACGACCAGGUCGCCAUCUUCGGCGCCGGACCGAUUGGGCAAAUGGCCGGUGUGUUUGCGAUCGACGAGGGUGCGAGCAAGGUGAUCUUCGUCGACACGGAGCCCCGCGUCUCAGCCAUCUCCAACCGCUGGCCGGCCCAGCACAAGGACAAGCUCGAGCUGAUCGACUACAAGAAGCUCAGCUUCGGCGUCACCAACAAGGAGACGGUGGUCAGCAAGCUCAAGGACAUGUGCGGCGGACGCGGCCCGGACGUGGCCAUCGAGUGUGCCGCGGGCGAGUACGCCAAGGGCUGGAUGCACUGGCUGGAGAUGUCGCUCGGGGCUGAGACGGACACGAGCGAGAUCCUCAAUGAGAUGGUUGAAUCCGUGAGGAACUAUGGCCGCGCGGGCAUUACCGGCGUCUACGUGGGAUACACCAACCACUUCAAUGUUGGCUCGCUGAUGCAGCGAGGCAUUCGGCUCAUAGGCAAUGGGCAAGCGCCUGUCAUGAAGUAUUGGGACGGUUUGUUGCAAAAGAUCCGGUUGGGCCAGCUGGACCCCACGCAGAUGCUCUCGCACCGAUUCCGCCUCGAGGAUAUCGACAAGGUCUACCACAUGUUCGACGCCAAGGAAGACAACAUCCAGAAGGUCUUCGUCGAAACCAAAUUCUCGUUCCCGCGGGCUGAAGGGACGCCAGAGCUGACCAAGCUGUGA